UUCCGUUUAUGUCUUAACGUAAGUCUGUAGUUUGCGAUUCAUGAGACGGACGGUGGUGUCUCCGGCUGGUAGAAUUAAUGCUGCUGUAAAACUCUGGAAAAAUAUUCCUCACCUGUGACAGAGAAUGGCAGACAAGACUGUGGAUGGUGGGCCAUGGACAGGCUGUGCGGUCCUGUUUCUGCAGUCGGCCUGUCCUGCUGUGGACCUGCUCUCUCUCUACAAAGAGCAGCAGGAGGGAAAGUUCAUCGUCUUCAAAGUCAUCAAGCUGACACUUAUAGAUUCUGCAGGAGGUCUGGGUGGUUAUGAGAUACUUAAGGUCCAUGACGCUGACCCCUUUCUUGGGGUGGAGGUGAAGUUUGUGGAUGCGGCUACUUGUCAGCAGUUCCUGGAGAGCUACAGCUCCGGAGCAGUGCGUCAGUCCCUCUCCCAACACGCCUGCCGGCUUCUUGCUCUUCCCCAAGAGCUCGCAGUUGAAACCCAGCUCAAGGCCAGCACACACAUCCUGGAUCUCUGUCUGGACAAGUUGGAACUUUGCCUACAGCACAUCCACCUGUCACAGCCGGAGCGCCUGCGCGAUGAGGAGAUCGAUCAUCUGGAGCAGCUGCUGCAGAAUAAGGCCCUCCGCCCUGCCCCACAGUCAGCCUCCAUCACUCAGGAAGAGUCUCCAAUCCCCAGCAACUGCUUCAAGUUUCAGAACAGAGUGUUCGAGGACCGAAUGCUGACACAGGCAGACCUUCAGAGCUUUUCUAAUGGAGUGGGCCGGCAGUGGAAGCAUGUAGGGAGGGCCCUGGGGAAGAGCUGCCGGGCCCUGAAGGGUCCGGCCGUAGACAACCUGGCCUACGAGUACGAAAGAGAAGGGCUGUACGAGCAAGCCUAUCAGCUGCUGAACCGCUUCCUCCAGGCGGAGGGGAGAGCAGCCAAGCUGAGCCGGCUGGUCAAAGCACUGGAGGACUGCAAACUCACCAGCCUGGCUGAAAAUAUUCUGGACAUACAGCCACGAGAGUAACUGUGUGCGUUUGGUGUGCGUGUACGAGCUGUGAAAACUGAAGGGGAUGGGUCCUCUCUACUUGAGGAGUGGUUGACUUUGUCCUGCCUGCUUUUAUAUACAGUAUGUUUGUCUUUGAUUGACGUUCAGAAUCAUUCCUGUGUGUGUGUGUGUGCGUGUGCGCGCGCGUGUGUGUGUGCGCGCGCGCGUGCGUGCGUGCACUUGCGUGUGUGUGUGCGCGCAUAUGUGCAUUAUUUCAGACAGGUUGUGUGAACACAUGCUAACAUCUCUGUGAGAACUGAUUCAUAUUUUGAUUUGCUUUUCAAUUAUUAGUACUAUUGUAUGUUGUUUUCAUUUAGAUGAAAUGAUCUGCCAUCACUGUUUAAAAAAAAUAUGCUGUCUUGAGUUUAAUGCACUGUUAAAACUGUUUUCAUCAUGUUUCUCUUUUAUUUCUGCUUUAUUACAGAUUUAAUCUAUUGGGUCUUGUUGCUAAUGAGUGCACAACUGAAGGUUACUGAUUUUUUUUUCUAUGAAAUAGGGCCAUACAAAUUAAAUGGUUGUA